GUCUGAGUCAGUCACACUGGCAGCGAGCUCAGUGGAUUGCGAAGUUUGAAGAAGCGCUGAAUCCGAGUUACAACAGUCAUUGAGAACAUUUGUUUCUGUGCUACUACAAGCGCCUGAUUAUUUCUAGUCAUCUCAAGAAACAGUUAUUUUGGCACAUGCUUUGAGCAAAGGGAGACCGAAGAGAUGGGCAACACUAUAUGAAUGUGUGAGGCUUCAGCUGAGUAAUUGCUGUCUGCUGCCAUGACAACCAGCCGCUGCAGUCAUCUGCCUGAGGUCCUGCCAGACUGCAUAGACUCAGCCCCUCCAGGAAAGGCUAUCGUUGAGUCUACCAGCCUUGUAAAUGGACAGCCGCAGUAUGUAAUGCAAGUUUCGGCCAAGGACGGACAGCUGCUGUCAACAGUAGUCAGGACUCUCGCUACACAAAGCCCCUUCAAUGACAGGCCUAUGUGCCGUAUCUGCCACGAAGGCAGCAGCCAGGAAGACUUGCUGUCCCCCUGCGAGUGUACAGGAACACUGGGGACCAUCCACCGGAGCUGCCUGGAGCACUGGCUCUCCGCCUCCAACACCAACUUCUGCGAGCUCUGCCACUUCAAGUUUGCAGUGGAGCGCAAACCCAGGCCGUUGAUAGAGUGGUUAAAAAAUCCAGGCCCUCCUCAUGAGAAGCGGACGCUGUUUGGAGACAUGGUGUGCUUUUUCUUCAUAACUCCCCUGGCUACAAUCUCUGGCUGGCUGUGUUUGCGUGGAGCUGUGGACCAUCUGCACUUUAGCAGCAGGCUGGAGGCUGUUGGAUUAAUAGCACUGACCGUUGCACUCUUUACUAUUUACCUCUUUUGGACACUAGUUUCUUUCAGAUAUCACUGUAGACUGUAUAAUGAAUGGCGCCGGACCAAUCAGAGAGUCUUACUCCUCAUCCCAAAGUCGUCUAGCGUACCGUCGUCGCAGCGCGCGCAGCUAGGACUGCCUCCAAUCAAAAGGGAUUCCAAGGAGACAAUUGUUUGACUUCAAGCUUUGCCAGACGUUUUAAGCUGUGUGCACUUACAGGAGCAGCACUAAUUCCAUCCAAAGACUCAAGGCUUGUGAAUCAUGUUCCGUUUGAAGACUUACUGGGUUUUUUUUAGCACAAACUUUAUUAAUAGCUGAAGUUUUAUACUGCAUUCAAUACGAAAGUUAACAAACAGGAUUUCUCCAAGGCUAGCUUCCAGAAGAAUAGAAGUUGAGUGUAUUCCUGCAACUUUUACAGAGCGUACAGUCAAAUAUUUUACAUUUUACUGUAUAUUCCCAGCAAUUUUUCUGAGCAAAAUGGCUGGGGCAUCCUACCAGGAUUUCAACCCCAGAGGACACCAGCAAUGCAGCGGUGUUCUAAAAUGCUGUCUAUAAGAGACAUAUCCUGCCUUUAAAUGCCUUGAAUAGCCUGCGAUUUUUUUGGUGGGAAGUAGCCAAGCACUGUAAUUGCAAACCACAAGAAAAGGGCCAUUUGUAGGUUUGUUUGCUAGCAUGAGCUUAAUAUAGCAGGCUUUUUCUUUUUUUUUAAUAUAAUUCUAAUUGUUGUGUAAUGUAAAGAUUUUAUAGGGCUGUGCUUUUUAUUGAACUUUGUAAAGAUGCAUUUAAAUGAAAUUCACUUUUAAGUUUUAUAAUUGUAUAUGAUUUAAAAGCAUAAAGGUGCAAACAAAAAACAAACUGAGUAUCAUAGAAGGUGUAAAUGUGAACAAUGCAUUAUGGUUAGGAUUUUGUAUCUAAAUAGCGUGUUGAAACCUAGCUUACCAGUGCAGUUAAACAUGUUGCAAUCCAGUGUGAAAUGAGAUAGUGUGAUUAUUAUGCUUGCUGAUUUUGUUCUUUCUUGACUAUAUAAUGCAUUUAAUAACUGUUUUGGGCCUCAUUCCCAUUUGAUGUCAAACAUGCCACUACACAACUUCAGUGUUAGCACCCGGAUGACUGGAAGGACACUUUGAUUUUGUUAAAGCACCUGCAAAACAAUGACCCACUGAGGGGUCUAAACUCACAUUUGCAAAAAGAAAAAUAAGUAUUUCUUUAUAAUUUGCUGUUCCAAAGUAGCUUCCAAUUACAUUUGGUUAGUCACCUUAUCCUAUGGUGGUUGCAGUCAUCCUGAGUGGUUUGCACAGCAGUUACUAGUGUGUGUUAAGGUGCUGUGAUUCCAGCAGCUGCUCUAGUUACUAACCGUAGAUGUGGAGCAGGCUAGGUCAGCAGCAAGUGUCUUUCAUUAGUAACCACUAGUCUCGUCUAGUGUACAGCUGUAUAUUGCCAGCACUGAAGAACAGCUCCUGAACUAAUAAAAUGCAAAAAAAAUUAAAAAGCAGUAUUUGAGUAAUUGCAGUAAGAAUGAUUGUAAACAACGUAACAAGACAAUGUAAUUUGAAGAUACUUAUGUUUUCUUAGACUUUAGGAAUACGUGUUCAAUUAAUCUGCAAUCCAAGAACAGCUUGACAGAAUGUCAUUGUUUUUUGGAUGUAAAUCCUCAAUGUCAUUUUGUGUUUUUUUGAUUCUCUCUCUACAAAUCAAGAGCAAGAACAUUGAAAGCCAGUAGAAUAAAUGUCAGUGAUAACAUAGUGGGUGCUUAUUCUCUCUUUACCUCAGUGGUUAAAUUCUGCUCUCCACAUCGUAUUAUUUUUUAAAGUUAAACUUUGUCCAGUGACUCAGACAAGCUUCACGCGCAGGUUUUGUAUUUAAUCUCAAUACCAUCAAAUGCUGUGAAUGUUUAAUUUCAGAAACAGGCUACAGCAGGCUGUGAGUAUACAUAUAUGAUAUAGAUUUAAAAUAAGGUAUCCCAUUUCUUCUUAUCCAAAUAGUCCAGAAUUAAAGCAGUAAUCUUUGUGGAAAUUUAAUGUGAGUCAUAACCUUCUAAAACCAAAAACAUUUGGCCCAACAUCACUCCAGACUUCUACCUCCACAUUUGUAAUUUGAAGCUUCUUCCUAGGAAGUGCCAACAACCAGUAAAUUCAAAUUCAAUUUGAGCGCAAUUUUCUGUUAUUAUCCAAAAAGCUGCAACAGUGUGUCAUUUCCUAUUUUUGUAUUCUGAGGGUUGUUGAUAUAGCUGGUUAAAUGGAUACUUUACCACAGAAAGUUAAAAUGCUGGUUAUCAUCCUUAAAAGUCUUAACAAUCAAUGACACAAUUAUUGUUGUGCUGAGUUUUUUUUAAGCAUUGCAAGGGAUGUUUGCACUUCCUGCAUGAGAUAAAAAAGGGCCUCGUUCUGGUAGGUGAGUCUGGCACGAGUCUGUGCAUCCUUAAUUUUAGUUCUUAAAAAUAAUAUCUUCAGCACAAAGGGUGUUAAAAGAUGAUACUAAAAAAAAUCUAAAGAAAUGUAUUUUAUAGCUUUGCUUGCCACCACUUUAACUUGUAAAUAUGUAAAGGUGACAGACAGCCUUACUUUGAAUACUUGCGGCGAGGGGACCAAAUAAAUAACUACAGUAUGUGCCUCUCUAUUGUAAACUAGGUAUAGACCGUUACAAUUUAGUGAUGAACUCUCCAGGUAAAAAAAAUCCAGAAUUCAUGUUUUUCCUCCAUGAAAUUAUUCAUAGUUCAAAACAAGUAUACACUGUUACCCAACUCAAUUAGAAAAUAAAAGCAUUAGUUAAGUGUUUACUUAACACAAUAUAUGUUAUUAGGCAUAUAUACUGGCAUAUGAUGUCCAACAUUACAUAUGGAAACACGCACAUUAAUUUCUGAAGCAUUUUUAGUUAGCUGAUAAGCAGCGUUUUCAUGUACAUUCCUGUUGGUUAAAAUAUACUGUAGGUUCUGUCAAUAAUAAAGCAAAAUGUCACCUGGUAUAAAUCUACACUAGAUUUCUCAGUUACAGUACUAAUAAGGUAUUAAUGUGAGGAAAACAGAUUCAAACUGCAAAUACAGGCAGUAAUUGUGCUGUUUAACAUUGUCCCUUUUCUUCUUCGCAAGUAACUUCAACUGUCUGCUGUACCCACCCCACGCCACAUGGUGUGUGCUGUUGCACUGUACCUCUUAAAACACGUCAAGAUGGUAUACCUGUAACAACUGCAGUUUCCAAAACAGUUUGUAAAUACAUGUGUAGUGCAAACUUUGAAUUCAUUUGAAUAUAAUAAAGUGUU